GAACUCGCCAGCUCCAUAACAAGUCUCCACUCGACCCUCCUCGUUGUCAAUGCUUCUUCGCCGCGUCAACGCCUCUCGACUGAAAGCCGCAGCCUCGCGGGGCUUUGCAUCCUCAAGGACGCCCAUUAUCAACUCGCACAACGAAUGGGACCCACUAGAAGAAGUCAUCGUCGGUCGUGUGGAGGGCGCCACGAUCCCCGAGUGGCAUGUUGCCGGCAAGGCUGUGUGGCCCGACAAACACUGGGAUAUGUACAAGACUAAGGCCGGCAAACCCUUCCCAAAGAACCUCAUGGAGGGCGCCGCCAAGGAGCUUGACUACCUGGCUGAAGUACUCGAAGGCGAGGGCGUCAUAGUCCGUCGUCCUGAAACCGAUACGAACUACUUUAACCAGCCAGUCGAGACGCCCGACUUCACUAGUCGCUCGCAGCUGUACGCGGCCAUGCCUCGUGACGUGCUCAUCGUCUUCGGCAAUGAGAUCGUGGAGGCUCCUAUGGCCUGGCGGUCACGGUACUUUGAGUUCCGUCCGUACCGCAAACUCAUCAAGGAGUAUUUCCAAAAGGGAGGGAAAUGGACGGCUGCUCCAAAGCCUCAAAUGAGUGACGAGCUGUACAAUGAAAACUGGCAAGCCGAGAGCGGCGUCUUCAACUCCGUCAUCACGGAGUUCGAACCCACAUUUGACGCUGCUGAGUUCACUCGUAUGGGUCGUGAUAUCUUCACGCAGCAGAGCCAAGUGACCAAUAAAUUCGGCAUCGAAUGGGUACGUCGUCAUCUUGGAGACGACUAUAGAGUCCACAUAUUGGACUUCCAAGACCGCAACGCCAUGCACAUCGACGGCACGUUCGUCCCUCUGAUGCCUGGCAAACUACUAGCCAACCCGUUCCGUCCGUGUAUCACCGGAAGACCUGUGAAGACGUACUCGUACAAGAACAAGGACUAUGAGUACUGCCUACCAGAGAUGUUUAAAGGCUGGGAAGUGUUUGUGGCUCCAGAGCCAGAGCUUUCCAAGGACCACCCGCUCUUCUUCACGAGUCCGUGGACCGCCACGUGCAAUGUGCUGGUGCUACGUCCGGGCACUGUCAUUGUGGAGGCGCAUGAGAAGAAAGCCCAACAGUGCUUCAAGGACUGGGGCUUCGAGGUCAUCCCAGUGCCGUUCCGCAACUUUAUGCCCUUCGGUGGCUCCUUCCACUGCGCCACGUGUGACGUGCGUCGCACCGGCACAUUGCAGUCGUAUUUCGACUAGGUAUACACAGACGUACAGCCCUAUGAAGAGAGGAAGGCUUAGUACUUAGUGCCUCCAUAAAGGCAAAACAAGAUACUAUCAUUUUACUAGUUACAAAGCUUUUGAAGCAAAAUUACUGUAAAAAAAAUAAUCAAUUGGACGAGUUUUUUUUAUUAUUAUUAAACA